AUGCCAAGUAUUCUUAAUCUCGCUGUUCGCCUACAACGACACAUACCAUUAUUAGCAAGAGCAUUUACAACGAAUAAACCUACACCGCCAACUGUAAGGCAGAAAAUUGUUUUGAAGGACGAGGAGUUGGUUGAGACAUUUGUCAAAGGAUCCGGUCCUGGAGGUCAAUGCAUCAAUAAACGAUCCAGCUGUGUAGACCUACGACAUAUUCCUACCGGCAUUCGAGUUCAGUGCCAGCAAUCUAGAUCAUUAGCAGACAACAGAGGCAUUGCUCGAAAACUACUGCGAGAGAAAUUGGAUGAGCUGAUCAAUGGCAGCCUAAGUAAAAAUGGACAAAAAGCAGCCAAGAUAGCCAAGCAGAAAGCACGAAGAGCCAGGCGAGCCAAGGAAAAGUACGCUACCAACCCAUCACAAACGACGACAGAUGGCACGACCGCAUCACCGGCUCGAGGCAGCAGGAAUUCAGCAGAACAAUAA